UUGCGCUCCCGUUGAAACGUCUGGGUUGUUAUUUCCCCGGGCUCGGAGGAAGAAGUUGACCGCACCACUCUGUCGGAUGUUAGGGAAAACCGAGAGUGGCUAAAGAGGAAGUUUCACUUUCUUCUGCGACCAGAGGACGACCCUGUGGAACUGAAUGGACAGGGAUUAGCGGGACUACAAGGCAGGAGGGAUAUAACCUAUCCAUCACCUUGUAAAAGCACAGCGCGGUGUGAGCGGCAACGCUACAACUCCUCGAGCCAGCGUGCAACACUGGACUGCGCUGGGAGCAAACAAGGGAAUGACAUAAACAUACCUAGAGAUGGUUUACUACCCGCGGGGACCUUCAGAGGCACUACUACUACUACUACCACGGCAGCUGUGAACUUUCCUGUCCUCAAACCGUACAGACGAGAGGGAGAGGAUUAAAAAAAAAAGUGCUUCUUCUUCUUAUCAGCAAAAGGGAUUAAUUAUGCCGGACCAAAUCACAGUUUCAGAGUUUGUGGCAGAGACGAAUGAAGACUAUAAAUCGCCGACUGCCUCUAACUUCACCACCAGGAUGUCCCACUGCAGGAAUACAGUGGCUGCUCUGGAGGAGGCUCUGGAUGUGGACCGCAGUGUCCUGUACAAGAUGAAGAAGUCAGUCAAGGCCAUCUACACGUCUGGUCUGGCCCAUGUGGAGAACGAGGAGCAGUACACUCAGGCCCUGGAGAAGUUUGGAGAAAACUGCGUGUACAGAGAUGAUCCUGAUCUGGGUUCAGCCUUCCUCAAGUUCUCUGUCUUCACCAAGGAGCUCACUGCGCUUUUCAAAAACCUGUUCCAAAACAUGAACAAUAUCAUCACCUUUCCUCUGGACAGCCUGCUGAAAGGAGACCUGAAGGGAGUCAAAGGGGAUCUAAAAAAGCCGUUUGACAAAGCCUGGAAGGACUACGAAACAAAAGUCACCAAGAUAGAGAAGGAGAAGAAGGAGCAUGCGAGGCAGCAUGGGAUGAUCAGGACGGAAAUUAGCGGGGCAGAGAUCGCUGAGGAGAUGGAGAAGGAGAGGAGAUUCUUCCAGCUGCAGAUGUGUGAGUAUCUUCUCAAAGUCAACGAGAUCAAAAUCAAGAAGGGAGUGGACCUGCUCCAGAACCUCAUCAAGUACUUCCAUGCACAGUGCAAUUUCUUUCAGGAUGGUCUGAAAGCUGUAGACAACCUGAAGCCUUCCAUAGAGAAACUGGCCACAGAUCUGCACACAAUAAAGCAGGUGCAGGACGAGGAGAGGAAGCAGCUGACUCAGUUACGAGACGUCCUCAAGUCGGCGCUACAGGUGGAGCAGAAAGAGGAUUCACAGGUGCGGCAGAGCACCACCUACAGCCUGCACCAGCCACAGGGCAACAAGGAGCACGGCACGGAGCGCAGCGGGUACCUCUACAAGAAAAGUGAUGGUUUGAGGAAAGUUUGGCAGAAGAGGAAGUGCACAGCGAAGAACGGAUACCUCACCAUCUCACACGGCACAGCGAACCGGCCGCCCGCUAAACUCAACCUGCUCACCUGCCAGGUGAAACACAAUCCUGAAGAGAAGAGGAGCUUUGACCUCAUAUCGCACGACAGAACGUAUCACUUUCAGGCAGAGGACGACCAGGACUGUCAGAUCUGGAUCUCGGUGCUGCAGAACAGUAAGGAGGAGGCUCUGAACCAGGCCUUUAAAGGGGACCAGCAUGUCGGCGAGAACAAUAUUGUGCAGGAGCUGACCAAGGCGAUCCUCGGAGAAGUCAAGAGGAUGACAGGAAAUGACGUGUGCUGCGACUGCGGGGCACCCAACCCGACGUGGCUGUCCACCAACCUGGGCAUCCUCACCUGUAUAGAGUGUUCGGGGAUCCACAGGGAGCUGGGAGUCCACUACUCCAGGAUCCAGUCGCUCACUCUGGAUGUACUCAGCACCUCAGAGCUCUUGCUGGCCAAGAAUGUGGGGAACGCAGGCUUUAAUGAAAUCAUGGAGGCCUGUUUAAGUGCUGAAAAUGUGGUGAAACCCAACCCAGCCAGUGACAUGCAGGCGAGGAAAGACUUCAUCACAGCCAAAUACACAGAGAAGCGUUUCGCAAGGAAGAAGUGUCCCGAUCCGACGUCGCGGCUUCACACGCUGUGCGACGCCGUGAAGGCUCGAGACAUUUUCUCCCUCAUCCAGGUCUACGCCGAGGGAGUCGACCUCAUGGAGCCCAUACCUCUGGCCAACGGACACGAACAAGGGGAGACAGCCCUUCAUCUCGCAGUCAGACUGGUGGAUAGAACCUCUCUUCACAUCGUCGACUUCCUCACUCAGAACAGCUUGAAUUUAGAUAAGCAGACAGCCAAAGGCAGCACAGCGCUGCACUACUGCUGUCUGACCGACAACAGCGAGUGUCUGAAACUGCUGCUGCGGGGGAAGGCCUCCAUAGAGAUAGCUAAUGAGGCCGGGGAGACACCGCUGGAUAUCGCCCGGAGGCUCAAACACCUACAGUGCGAGGAACUGCUGAACCAAGCACUGGCGGGGAAAUUCAACGCCCACGUCCACGUAGAGUAUGAAUGGUGUCUGCAGCAUGAAGACUUGGAUGAGAGUGACGAAGAUCUGGAUGAGAAGCCCAGCCCCCAUCGCAGAGAUGAGCGCCCCGUCAGCUGCUACACCCCGAGCAGCAACUCCAACCUGGGCCCCGGAGGCCGCGACGCCGUCAGCCUCGCCAAGGACAAGCAGCGCGCCUACAUGCCCAACCUGGUUAACAACGAGACCUAUGGCACCAUCCUCAACACCAACCCGCCUCAGCCCUCCACCACCUCCGCUCCGCCCCUGCCCCCGAGGAACCUGGUCCAGUUAUCCGGUCUGGGAGGAAUCAGUCAGUCCUCAGCCUCCAGCAGCUGGAAGCCCGGCUCUUUAGACCUAAUGGGGCGACAGAGGUCGUCCUCAGACCCCCCCAAUAUGCACCCUCCGGUCCCCCCCAUGAGACUCACCUCAACUGGAGGUCUGGGUCCUCCUGUGGCGAAGCUUGAAGCUAUGAGCAUACAGUCCAAGUCAGGCCAAGGACCGCUGGGGUCCAGAGCAGCGCCACCCAAAUCUCCUGCAGGCAAUGAUAAAAGCUUCAACAGAGGGCCUCUAAAUCGAACACAAUCUAUCGAAAGACCAGCUAAGGAAGUGCCAGGAUCCCCCCAGAACUCCAUAGGUCAGUCUCUGCCUCCAGCCCCCAUGCCGAGGAAGGCCUACCCAAAGCAGAGGCCGAAGCGAGUGAAAGCCAUCUACAACUGCAUAGCCGACAACCCGGACGAGCUGACCUUCUCUGAGGGCGAGGUGAUCGUGGUGGACGGUGAGGAGGACCAGGAGUGGUGGCUGGGCCACAUCGAAGGCGACCCGAUGAGAAGAGGAGCCUUCCCGGUUACAUUUGUACACUUCAUCGCGGACUGAAAGCUGCACCUCCGGGUCUCAGGAAGUGUUACUCCCCAGUGGGCGCGGCGUCCCUCCCUCACCCGUCUGUGUCUCGUCGGCCCACGAAACACCCACUGUCGUCCCAGUGUUUGUCGUCAUCAUUGUCAUCAUCUUCACUGGCAUCAUCAGCAAAGUGUCGUUGCUGUAUCAUCACCUUGGUUGCAACUUUGUGCGGUCGUCGUCAGGGCAACCCCAGCAGACUCUGCGCCAGUAAGUCUGGGUGUCACUGCGGACUCAUGGGGGACUAUGUGAUUUUAAUGCUUGCUGUUAAUGUUCUUGACACAGACUCUUUAAGAUUAAAAAAAAAAAAAAAAAACACACACACAAAAACAAUGAUUGUAGUGAAUGACCUCUCGCAAUAAAUGCACUUUCCUUGUCUUUAUCCUUGUUACAACAUUAAGACGACGUGUCAUAAUGAAGGUUGUAUGUACAGUAUUCAUUUCUCCCUGUUCUCUGUUCAGCUGCAAAGUAUAAACAGUCCUUAAAGUGACAACGCUGAGAGACAACAGCAAUGUAUUUUAACUUACUAACAAUUGUACACGUGAACAUACUCAAUGUGCUUACAUUCCACCUCUGUGCAUGAGCGAUUUUUAAAAGCCUUCCUGCUUCUAGAUGCAACUUUCCAACUCUAUAGCAGCCCUCCUGUGUGUGGAGGUGUUUCUAAUGGUGCUAAGUCAACCCCCCUACCCCCAGAAUGUGCUAGAAGCUGCACCUAAGGGCGCACCCUCCCCUGUCCCCCAUUUUAAAGACAGACUGGCAUUGAAAAAAGGGGGAAUGCUGCAUGUAAAAAGAAAAAAAAGAAAAAUAACCUUCAACUCAUCACACCUGGGAGAACCCACUGUCUCACAUGUGUGUACAGAGUAACAGAGCUGCAAAUGAAUUCUACGUCACGCACCUUCCACCAAAGCUUUUCCACACACACUCUUUUCAGCUUGUUACCAACAUAGGAUAAUAUUCAACGACAACACUCCAAGCUCUUCCUCCGUUACUGUUUGAGGUCAAAUGAUGACACCGACCGAAGCCGUGGCAGCCGAUAAUUACCUUUAUGUCGAGUCUGACGCCUUAGGCUGUCUUCACCUGUCAUCUGCCUUAUUAGAGGAAUAGGAAGUGUGUGUUUGUGUUUGUGUGUUUCCUCUGCAGAGAAUAAGCUGAGAAUGACAGAAUAUGGAAGUAAGGGGAAAUAAAAGAAAAAAGCUUAGGAAUGUGAUGAAAAGCAGGAGUUAGCUGUGACUUUUGUUGCUUCCUUUUGCCUUUUAGAGCAGUCACACUCUGACAGGCGGAUUUUUUUUUUUUUUUUUCCACAAACGAGCUAAAUUAAGUCCCUAUCUCUGACACUCUCUCUACAACCAGACACAGAGAGAAGAGAAUAUCCUUCCUACAGCUUAAGCCUUUCCUAUUUGUACAUUUCUGGGGUUCCAUUAUGUAGAAAGACAAGUUUAUCUAUAGUGUUAUGAAAUAAAUCUAAAACAUACAAUGUAAUUAACUUCAUUUUUGGUUGCAGAGCAACUUUCUCACUGUUCAUAAUGUUGAUAUUGAGGCAUUUAACAUGAAACCAGAGCCUUCCAUGGAUCUGUGAAUGACAGGAAGAGAAUCACAGCUGAUACACUCUCUUCAUCAUGUUUAAUAUUAACUCACUGGAAAACAGGAAGAUUUAAUAAUCUAUUCAUGUAAAUAGAUUUGGUUUUGUUUUGUUAAUAUUUAAAUGUAAGAAGAAGAAAAAAACAAACAAAAGGGGAGCAGCGUUAACCCGGGCAGUAAACGUCUUUUAAUGCACUGUGGUGAUGAGCAGUUACAGAUACAACCUCAGCUGGACCUGUGCGUAUGUGUGUGUGUGUGUGUGUGUGUGUGUACUGAAAACACAAAUACACACACUACUGGGAAAAUAAACUCAAGUUCAUUCUCAUUAACUGUCUGUGGAUCACUGCAUCAAAUCUUAAUUCUAUUGUGCAAGAAAAUGGGAAAAUGAAACUGGAAUAAUAAAAUAUGAAAUAAUACAAA